CCCGUUACAAUUACCAUGGACUGAUAAGAAGUGCUUCAGAUUUUGCCCUUUAUAAAUUUCACUAGCUGUUGCUGCUUCUAAGAGACAUACCAUGAUGAAGGGGCACCAUCAUAUAAAUGGUGCUCAUACUAAUGGAAACAAUGGUGUCAAUCCCCCGACUAAUGGAAUAAACGGAGUGGGUUCUGCUACCCAGAACUCUGGUGAUAAUAUCCAAGAACCCAUUGCUAUAAUUGGCAUGGCAUGUCGUUUGCCAGGACACUGUAGUACGGAUAAACAGUUUUGGGACUUCAUGAUGGAAGAAGGGGUAGCUAAGAACGAGCCUCCCGAGACACGCUUCCGUCUUGCCGGACACUAUGAUGGGUCUCAAAAGCCCUACACCAUGAAAACUCCGGGAGCGAUGUUCAUGGAAGAUGUCGACCCAGCAGACUUCGAUGCUCAGUUCUUCAAUGUCAAUCACGCGGAAGCUAGCUCUAUGGACCCGCAGCAUAGGAAUCUGUUGGAGGUGACUUACGAAUGUCUAGAAAACGCUGGUAUACCACUGGAGAAGCUCAGCGGUCAGCGCGUCGGAUGUGUCGUGGGUACAAAUUCUAGUGACUAUUACGAUAUGUCAUGCCGAGACCCCGAAAACCGUAUGAUAUCGCCGACUAUGGGUCCCAACCGAGCAUUCCUUAGCAAUCGUAUCAGCCAUUUUCUCAACGUUCAUGGUCCGAGCAUUUCCAUGGACACAGCCUGUUCAAGCACACUGACAGCCUUGGACAUGGCUUGUCUUUACCUUCAGCGUAACCAAGUAGACGCUAUGUUGGUCGGUGGUACAAACAUGUACUUCAGUCCAGAAAGGAACCAAGACAUGAGCUCAAUGCGUCACACAGCUUCCGCUACGGGGCAAUGUCACGUAUUUGACAGCUCGGCGGAUGGCUACGUUACGGCCGAGGCAAUCAACACGGUCUUUCUAAAACGGUUGAAAGAUGCCGUCGAGGCCGGAGACCCUAUUCGGGCUAUCAUUCGUGGAACCUCGACGAACAGUGCUGGAAAGACUCCGGGUAUAGCCAUGCCUAACGCCGAAGCGCAGGCGGCGGCUAUAAGGGCCGCAUACGCUAACGCCGGUAUCUCCGAAUCAAAUUUCUUCGACACAGGAUAUCUCGAGUGCCAUGGGACGGGCACACGUGUCGGAGAUCCUAUCGAGGUCGAGGCAGUGGCUUCCGUAUUUGCGCAGGAUAGGUCUCCUGAACAGCCCCUUAUCAUCGGCUCCGCAAAGAGUAAUGUUGGUCACUCAGAAGGCGCAGCAGGUCUUUCGGGCUUGAUCAAGGCUGUGCUGGCAAUUGAAAACAAGACAAUUCCCGGAACGGCCAAUUUCACGACCCCUAACCCAAGGAUCGACCUGGAGAAAUCCCGGGUAAGAGUUACUGGUAGUUCGAUUACAUGGCCGCGAUAUGCCAAACUUCGUGCUAGCAUCAAUUCAUUUGGCUUCGGAGGUGCGAAUGCUCAUGCGGUCAUCGAGUCGCCCGAAUAUCUACUAGGUAAAUCGGCAUCAAGGUACCGAUCGUCAUAUCUUAAGCGAGAUAGCAUGCGGAAUAACAUUUCCGACAAUGGAGCCAGCUCACUACCGCGAUUAAAUAAUUCCUCGAAGCCGAUGCUUAUCGUCUUGUCGGCAAAUGACGAAGAAUCUCUCAAGGGAUCUAUCCAAGCACUCUCAGCUCACCUGGUCAAGCAGGACGUUUGUGUAACCUUAGAGGAUUUGGCAUACACCCUUUCAGAGCGCCGAACCAGACUUCAUCACACAGCGUAUAGUAUACAGACAGAUACUCAAGUAUCACCAGAUUCCUUUGUCAUAGGAAAACGGCCUGGCCACGAGGUGAAAGUUGGCUUCGUGUUCACCGGUCAGGGCAGCCAAUGGUCAGCUAUGGGAAAGGCUUUAUUGCAUUCAUUCCCCCGAGCUAGGGAGAUUGUGGAGUCCCUGGAUGCCGUGUUAGCGGCACUACCGGAGCCUCCCCCAUGGUCCUUGGUCUCGGAGCUGACUGAAGAGCGUGACCCUGCUGUCCUUCGGGAGCCCGAAUUUUCUCAGCCUCUUGUGACGGCGCUGCAACUAGCAUACCUCGGUGUCCUUUCGGACUGGGGAAUCGCUCCUGUGGCAGUAGUCGGACACUCAUCCGGCGAGAUUGCCGCCGCCGUCGCCGCCGGCUAUCUCACAGCCGAAGAAGGGAUUAAAACCGCGUUCUUCCGGGGCCAAGCUGCCAAACAGCUGCCCCCAAAACAGCCCCUUGGAAUGCUUGCCGUAGGAAUAAGCGCAGAAAAGCUUGAAGAAUAUAUAGAUGCCCGCGGGGACUCCGUUCAGGUCGCUUGCUUCAACAGUCCGCGAAGCCUUACACUUUCCGGAACCGUACCGGCUUUGGAACGGGUAAAGGAAAAACUGCAAAGCGAUAAACACUUCGCGCGUAUGCUGCAAGUUGACUUCGCCUACCAUUCCAGGUAUAUGGAAGCGAUUGGGAAUCGCUAUGCGGAGAUGCUACAAAGACACUGCCAAUUUACCACUGAGAAAAGUGGGCCCACAACAAUGUUCUCUUCAGUGUAUGGUGCCCAGAUGAAGGGACCUGCAGAUGCGGCAUAUUGGGUGCAGAACAUGACCUCGGAAGUUCGCUUUGACCAAGCAGUCUCAUCUAUGCUUGAAUCUGAGGAUGCGCCAAAUUUCUUCGUUGAGAUAGGUCCUUCAAAUACCCUGGCUGGCCCCAUGGCACAGAUUUUCGAGAGCGUCUCGCAUAUCGGAUCACAGCCAUCUUACGUUUCUGCCGCUAAGAGGGGGCCAGAGACAUUGACAUCUCUGUAUAGCGUGGCAGGGAGGCUCUUCGGGGCUGGAGGUACUGUAAAUCUAGCCUCCGUUAAUGAGUACAGCUCCAAGAACGAGCCACCAACAACCCUCAUUGAUCUGCCGAAUUAUUCCUGGAAUCAUUCGAAGAAAUAUUGGCAUGAGAACUUGUCUAGUAAAGACUGGCGAUAUAGGCCAUUUAUUAGACAUGAUCUCCUCGGUACCAAAAUUCUGGGGACUUCGUGGCAUUCGCCGAUAUGGAAAAACAUACUAAGGCUUGGCGACCACCCCUGGCUCGCGGACCACAAAGUCAGUCAAGAGGUGAUAUUCCCGGGUACAGGUUAUUUAACCAUGGCUAUUGAGGCGAUUUACCAAGCCACAUAUAUGACAACUUGGAUGAAGGAAGAGCCGAAGACUUAUAGGUAUCGGCUGAGGGAUAUCAAGUACCCUAGGGCCCUGGUACUGGAAGAGAGCGAAGAUGCGAUGAUAAUGCUCAGUCUGACGGCGGUUCCCGGUUCCAGUAUCUGGCACAAAUUCAACAUAUCUUCGCUGAAGAAUGAUAGCUGGAACGACCAUGCCUCUGGUUUCAUCUGCAUAGAAACCGACUUCUUGGAGUCUAGAGCUCCGAAAGGUGCAAUCUCUCCCCUGAAAUACCCCACGUCAGCUCAAAUAUGGUAUAAACGUAUGCGAGAAGGCGGAUUCGACCUUGGGCCAUCUUUCCAGAAGCAUCUGGCGUUGGAAUACACGGCAGGCCAUCGCACUGCACGAUCCAUAGUAUCGCUAGAGCCCCCGUCUUCUCUCUGGCCGCAAUCCGCCUACCCCCUACACCCUGCCUGUAUGGAUGGUUGUUUUCAGACGGUUACCUCGUCGAUGUGGGAAGGUGAUCAUAGCAGUAUCAACGCUGCUUUGGUUCCCUUCCAGAUUGACAGCGUUAUCUUGCCUUCUAAUUCUCGAUUGCCCAAAGAAGCAUUUUCUAUGGCUCGAUCUGACUAUGUUGGGGUCGGGAGAAGGAAUCGAGCGAAGAACUACUCUUCCUCAUGCACCAUUUACCACCCGGAAGAUGGAAGUAUGCUGCUAGAGAUGAAGGGACUGCGUUACACUGAGUUGGACUACAAAGAUGCAAUUAUGUCCCACACCUACACGCAGAUGACAUGGGAUGCGGAUAUCACGUUCCUUUCAGAAUCCAACUUCAAGUACCUUAUAAAUGAGGUCAUAUCGUCGUCUGGCAAUGGUGUUGGUGAGAAGACAUCGUUCAUCGCUCAAAGAUUCAUCGACAUGGCCGCACACAAGAACCCCAAUCUCAGUAUUCUUGAGAUCAAUCUAGACCCAGCAGACACUUCAAGCUUGUGGCUAGAAAGGAGCACAUCAGUACGCGCAGCGUACUCUCAAUACAUAUUCGUAUCAGGAAAUGCAGACUCUGUUACUGCAGCGCAAGAGGCAUACGCUAAUGUGUCGCAUGCUGAGUUUAUCGUAGUCGACUUCACUGACUCUAAAGCAAGAUUGAACAAAACAUUCAAUCUAGCUAUUGUCAAGGUCCCGUCGACUCCAUUUUUGGGAUUUGAAGCGGCGUUAAGAUCUGUUCGAGAGUGUCUUGAUGAAAAAGGACUUGCUUUGGUUCUCGAUUCCGGUGAGAACCUGAGUUCACUCGAAACUGAUGUUGAGAAGUCCGGAUUUGGCGCGAUAUUCAGUUCAGACUCGCUAGCAUUGGCCUAUGCAGAAGCGCCCGUAAAAGACCAACCGCUACAAGACCUCUAUAUAUUCAAAUUUAUUGACCAUGAUACAGUCGUAUUAGAGGCUAAUUUUUCCAGGUCGUCUUGGAAUAUGAUUUCGACUGAUAGCCCCUCGCAAAUUCCACCAGGAGGCAAAGUCCUCGUCAUUGAUGAACUAAAAAAUUCCAUUAUGCCAAACCUCAACCACCAGCAAUGGAGCGCGCUUCAAGAAUUAAUCGAGAAAAGGUGCGACAUACUCUGGGUCACCACAGGCGCCCAAGUGUCAACAAUCGACCCUACCAAGGCCAUCAUCAGCGGCCUAUUCAGGGUCAUCAGAAGCGAAGAGCCACUUCUGAAUCUCAUCAACUUGGACGUCGAACACACCUCAGGAGACAACACAAUCCGAGCCAUCGACACAUGUCUGAAGAUGUUCAACGACAUCAAAACCAAGCCAAGAAAAGAGAACGAAUUCGUCGAGCGCAAUGGGAUAAUUCAUAUUAGUCGCGUGUUUUCCGAUACGCUUCUGAACAAGGCCAAAGAGGAGGAGUUUACGGGGAGACCGGCCGAAGUAACAGAUCUCCAUGCGUCGGAAUCGACUAUUAGGCUUAGGGCGGAGCGCACUGGGAAUAUUGAUUCCCUCCAGUAUAGUCAAGUAGCCCCGGAGCCGCUGCCUUUGGAGGAUGAUUGUGUUGAGAUAGAGGUGGUUGCCUCGGGCGUCAACCUCAAAGAGAUCUUGGUUACGAUGGGUAUCGUCCCAGAGGAUGAGCAUCUCCUUGGUGGUGAAGGUAGCGGGGUGAUUACUCGUGUAGCCCCCGGCGUAACGACGGCUCUCAAACCAGGAAUGCGAGUUGCAUUCUUUGGGAAGGGGUCUUUCGGAAACCGAGUCCAGACAAAGGCGCAAGCUGUGCAUGUGAUUCCUGAUUUCAUGAGCUUCGAGGAGGCAGCUACCAUCCCAUGCGUCUUUAUGACUUCAAUGUACUCGCUUUUCCGGCUUGCGCGAGUCAAAAGGGGAGACCGUGUCCUUAUACACUCUGCUACAGGCGGUGUUGGUAUAUCAGCUAUUCAGCUCUGCCACUAUGUUGGCGCUAUAGUAUACGCAACAGUAGGAACCCAAGAAAAGCGCGAAUUCCUACAAUCGAAAUUUGGAAUUCCCGACGAGCGCAUCUUCUCUUCGCGCACGACCGCCUUUGGGAACCAGAUUCUAGACCACACCGAUGGAAAAGGAGUUGACAUCAUCCUGAAUUCGCUAACCGGGAACUUGCUAGAUGAAUCAUGGCGCAUCAUCGCGGACGGCGGCACGAUGGUCGAGAUUGGGAAAAAGGACAUCCUAGACCGAAACACGUUAUCCAUGGAGCCGUUCGGCCGCAACGCCUCGUUCCGCGCCUUCGAUCUAGCGCAUAAAGAGAUUACCGACGAUACAAUCGAAAGCCUUCUCUCGGAGGUUUUCAAGCUGAUGGAAGAAGGCCAUCUAAAGCCCAUCUCGCCCAUGCAUCUGUUCUCGUUUACAAACAUCCCUGACGCCUUCCGGCUUAUCCGCAGCGGCAAGCACAUAGGAAAACUAGUCAUCAGCGACGGUCAGGCCGGUAGCGUAAAAGUGCCUGUACGUCCUGCCCCUCGCCGUAUGAACCUCCGAAGCGAUGUGUGUUAUCUAGUCGUCGGAGGGCUCAGGGGUCUUUGCGCCAGCCUGGCAACUUAUCUGGCCAAAAACGGGGCCCGCUAUCUCGCCGUACUAUCUAGAAGGGGGCACGACGAUGAUAAAUCCCGGAAGGUGAUCAGCGAUAUCCGUGCUCUAGGAUGCCAUAUCGAUCUAGUUAUAGGAGAUAUAACUUCGGUGGAGGAUGUGAGGAAGGCCUUUCAAAGUACUCGUGUCCCUAUUGGCGGCAUUAUCCAAGGCGCUAUGGUUCUUCGCGACCGUAUCUUUGCCUCGAUGACUGUAGAAGAAUACCACACAGCCCUGGCUUGUAAAGUGCAAGGAACAUGGAACCUGCACAACGUUUCGAUAGAACAAAACCUCAACCUGGACUUCUUCGUCAUGCUCGCCAGUAUCUCCGGACUGUGUGGCAGCAAAGGCCAAGCGAACUACGCAGCAGGGAACACAUUCCUCAACGCAUUCGCAUCGUACCGACAAGGUCUCGGUCUACGGGCGUGUUCGAUAGAUCUAGGAGUCAUCGAGGACGUCGGGUACAUAGCCGAGCACCAGAAGCUGCAGGAGCGGUACGACGCCGCGUUCUGGGACGCGAUCAACGAGCAGGUGCUGCAGAAGAUCCUCAACUUCUCGAUCCAGCAACAGCAUGUCGCCCCGAUCAACGCACAGAGCGCAACUCACAUGAUCACGGGGAUCCGCGUACCGCAGCCGGAAGACUCGCCUCUGCUCCGCGACGCCAGGUUUGCGGGAUUGCACCUGGCAGGCGAUGCAAACAGCCGGAAUGCCAGCCGCGACAGUCCCAAAGAUGUGCAGGCUAUUCUCGGCAUGUUGCGGUCGAAGGCCGAGGCGAGGUCUGUUUUGGAGCUUACGAUUGACGUUCUGAGUAAAUACUUCAUCAAGAACUUGAGAUUGACCGAGUCGCUCGAUGCCACCAGACCCUUGUCGAUUUGGGGCAUCGAUUCGCUUGCAGCGGUUGAGUUCCGCAAUUUUGUGAAGAUGGAGUUGGGGGUUGAGUUGACGACGUUGGAGGUCGUGAAUGCGAGCUCGUUGGUUGCGGUUUGUGAGAAGAUUAUCUCGCGUAUUCCGCUGAAUGCGAUUCAAUGAUUUGUAUAUUGGAUAGAUGAUCAGAGUCUCUGUUUGGAGAGGGAAAUUUGGUUGGUAGGUAGUAGGUACCUGGUACCUCCUAUAGUGCGUUCAAACCCUCGUUUGUGGAGAUAGGGGGCGGGGUAAAUAGGGAUAGGGGUAGCCUUACUCCUC